ACUUCCUAUAAAUUGGAAUGCCAGAGAUUAUUUUAUUUCAACAGCUAAACAAAUAGUACUACUUAUUUCCCAUAAAACAAAGUUCUGCAAUACAAUGUCGCCUGUUUUCAACAAUCCAAAUGUCCUUAAGGAGAAGGACUUGAAAUAUGCAAAGAAGGUCGAGCAAGUUGAGAAAUAUCUAGACAUCGUGAAAAAACAAAAUCAAUUACAAUCUUUGGUGAUCAUAGAUGUCAUUCAGCAACUUGGCCUCGACCACCUUUUCCACCAGCAAAUUCAAUUGAUUCUUGAGCAACAAUAUCUGAAAACUAAAACCGCUCAUUUCGAUCGUCAUUCUGAUCUUUACGAGGUUUCACUUCGUUUUCGACUAUUAAGACAAGAGGGUUACAAUGUCCCCGCAGAUGUGUUCAACAACUUCAAAGGAGAGAAUGAAUCUUUUCAAGAUGAAUUAAGACAAGAUUUGAAGGGAUUGAUGGCCUUGCAUGAAGCCACUCAUCUCAGUAUUAAAGGAGAAGGCAUACUAGUUGAAGCUGCUCAAUUUAGUGGUGAGUGUCUAAUAAGAAAUAUGGUGCACUUAGAUGAUAAUCAAUCCAACAUGGCUCGUCAAACAUUGCAACAUCCUAUCCACAAAAACUUGCCAAGGUAUUCCAUAAGGAGCUCUCUUGAAGAAUUUCAAGUGGGAGAUGAAUGGGAAGCUAUUCUCAAAGAUCUUGCAUUCAUCGAAUUUGGGAAACUGCAAUCCGUUUACAAAGAAGAAAAACGUCAAGUUCUGAAAUGGUGGAAGGAACUUUCGGUGGCACAAGACUUGAAGCUUGCUAGAAGCCAACCACUUAAAUGGUACAUGUGGUCCAUCGGAGCUUUGUCGGGUCCAAGAAUGUCGAAGGAACGAAUGGAGCUAAUAAAACCAAUCUCUCUUGUCUAUUUAGUAGAUGAUAUUUUUGAUGUUUAUGGUACACUGCCCGAACUCACACUAUUCACUGAAGCUGUUAAUAGGUGGGAAAUCUCUGCUGUUGAGCAACUACCGAACUACAUGAGGACGUGUUUCAUGACUUUAUAUGAGACCACAGAAAAUAUUGGGUGUGUACUGUAUAAAGAGCAUGGAUGGAACCCUAUCGACCACUUGAGAAAAGCUUGGGCAAAUUUGUGCAAUGCUUUUCUGGAGGAAGCAAAAUGGUUCAAUAGUGGAGAUAUGCCUGUGGCAGAGGAGUACUUGAAUAAUGGGAUAGUAAGUUCAGGGGUGCCUAUGGUGCUUAUCAACCUUUACUUUCUCUUGGGUCAUGGAGCAACUAAAGAUUCUUCAUCAUCAGAUGUCUUCGCUGAUAUUGAAGGCAUUAUAUCUUGCAUUGCUCAAAUUCUUCGUCUUUUGGAUGACCUCGGAAAUGCUGAGGAUGAACAGCAAGAAGGGCAGGAUGGAUCGUAUGUAGAGUACUUGAUGGAAGAACAACGGGGCUUAACUUAUGAAGAUGCAAGGCAACAUGUUUUGGACAUGGUUUCAAACACAUGGAAAGAUGUCAAUAAACAGUGCCUCACACCAAGUGCAAUUCCAUUGUCUUUUCAAAAGGCUUGUCUCAACGUGACCAGAAUGGUUCCUAUGAUGUAUAUCUAUGAUGAGAAUCAUUGUCUUCCUGUCCUAGAAGAGCAUAUCAAGUCAAUAUUUUGUGAUAUGGACUGAGACUCGCGAUUGGGCACAUCAUUGAGUUCUAUGGCUGCAUGAAAAAUCUUAUCUAUAGGAGUAUCUAUUUUUUAUUUUUAUUUUUAAACUGGUAAAGGUUAAAAAACAUUAGGGCAUCUAUUUUCCUCAAGUAUAGCACGAAUAAUCGACACUACCAUUUGGUUUUCACUUUAGUUAGUUUUAUUCACAUAAUGCUUGGGGCAUAUGUACUCUUCUGCAUUCUAAUAAGAAUUGCAGAGGUAUUGAUCAA